GCAUAUAUCUGAUUUGAACUGCUGCCCACGUCAGUGUGUGGUUGGAAGGCGCAGCAGCAGAAACACAUGGCUUCACCCUUCAACCCAAACAUGGGCAACACUUCAGGAGUCAGCAGAACCAGCGACAAGGAGCUGAGGAUAGUGAUGGUGGGGAAGACGGGAACCGGGAAGAGCGCCACUGGAAACACCAUCCUGGGCCGACGGUGCUUUGAGUCCAAGUGCUCCCCCACGUCUAUGACUGUAGACUGUUCUAAGAGCAGUGUCGAGGUCGACGGACAGAAGGUCACCGUCAUCGACACCCCGGGCCUGUUUGACACCAGGUUUGGCAGGGAUCAGACCACCAAAGAUAUCUGCCAGUGUGUCACGUACGCUGCCCCGGGACCCCACAUCUUCCUGGUGGUCAUCAGAGUGGGAAGAUUCACUGACGAGGAAAAACAGACGGUGCAGAGGAUUCAAGAAAUCUUCGGCGAGGCUGCGAACAGAUACUGCAUGGUGGUCUUCACUAACGGCGACCUUCUGGAUGGCUCCAUCGAGGACUUCGUGAACCAGAGCCCCGACCUUCAAGAACUGGUGGCCAGAUGUAACGACCAGUACCACGUCUUCGACAACAAGCUGCAGGACCGCACUCAGGUCAGCCAGCUGCUCCACAAGAUCCACAAUGUGGUCCAGAGGAACGGAGGAAGCCACUACACCAACAAGAUGUUCCAAGAGGCGAUGAGGGCGAUCGAAGAGGAGAAACAACGCAUUCUGAGAGAGAAGGAAGAGCAACUGCGCAAAGAGAAAGAGGAAGUGGAGAAGAAGGCUCAAGAAAAACACGACUUGGAAAUGAAGAAGUUCAACCAGCAACUCCAGGUCGAGAGAGAGAAGGAGAGGAGACAGAGGGAGGAGGAGAGGAAGAGGGAGAAGAGAGAGAGGGAGGAAGUGGAGAAGAAGGCUCAAGAAAAACAUGAAAAAGAACUGAAGAAGAUCAACCAGCAACUCCAGGUCGAGAAAGAGAGGGAGAGGAGAGAGAGGGAGGAGGAGAGGAAGAGGGAGAAGAAAGAGAGGGAGGAGGAGAGGAAGAGGGAGAGGAAAGAGCGGGAGGAAGUGGAGAAGAAGGCUCAAGAAAAACACGACAAGGAACUGAUGAAGAUCAACCAGCAAGUCCAGGCCGAUAGAGAGAGGGAGAGGAUUCAGAGGGAGGAGGAGACGAGGAGGCAGAUGGUGGAGGAGAAGAGGAGGGAGGUGGAGAGGAGAGAGAGGGAGAGAGAGGAACAAGUGAUGAGAUUCCAGUUUGAACAACAGAAGGCCGAGAAAGAGAGAUAUGAGAGGGAGGAGGAGAGGAAGAUGGAGAAGCAGGAAGAGGAGGAGAGGGUGAGGAGGGUGGAGCAGAAAUACGAAAAGAAAAUUGAUCAAAUCAACCAGAUGAUGCAGGAUGCAGAGAAGAAGAGGAGGGAGGAAGAGGAGAGGAAGAGGAGGGAGGAAGAGGAGAGGAGGAGGAGGGAGGAAGAGGAGAGGAAGAGGAGGGAGGAAGAUGUGAGCAGUACCCUGCGUCGCUCUGCUGGUGUCCAGCAGCGCCACCUGAUGGACACGUGCGGGACCUGUGCACGUCCUCCAUGA